UGUUGGUGGGCGGGAGGCGCGGGAAGGGCGGGAAGAGGGGGGAAGGCUAAAGACCAUCAACGACGGGAUGAGCCUUUUCUUUCCUCCCGACCAACGAGCGAGCUUCGCCUCCGAAACAUCCUUUUCUGCUGAACUGGUGGGAAUCAUCCAGACACUGGGCGAAAGCUCGGGCGUGGCCCGACCACCAUGGUGGCAGUACUCCGUAGUCUCAUCGGUCUCAGGGGCCAACACACCAUCUUCUUGAUUGCCAGCGUCGUCGGGGCGAGAGCCUGUCGCCAACCAGCUGUCAGAAUUACUUGGGAGGCGAGCGUGAGGAUUUUGAAGAGAGGGACUGCCUGCGCAGCACCCCCCUUAAGCAAGGGUACAUGUUUCCUGUUGACGAUAUCACGUUACCGGUCUAGCCUAAUGAUGAACUCUCUUUUUUUUUUCUGUGCCUGAGUUGCGACAACGCGUCGUCGCGUGGCUCUCACCCUUCAUCUUU